AUGCAUUUGUCCUGCCCUGCGACCAAGAUAUUCGUAUGCAGAAGGUGGACAAGAAAAACCAAGAAAAUCAAGGCAAAUCAGGCUGCAAAGAUUUCUUCAAUGGUUUGGUCGCUCUGUUUGUGGUUCCAUUUUCCUCCGUCGACCAUAAAUCGUAUUUUCAGGGUACAGCUGAGAGUCACCAGGGACAGCAGACAACGCUGUUUUCCGCCUCAAUGACUGGUCCGGUAAAGUAGCCUUUUCUCUCUGUGAGGCAACGCAUGGCACCAAGUACCUUUGCUCAUGAACGUCCAGUCCUUUUCAGUCUGGUCUUCCCGUCCACAACCUCGGACUCUGGUGUCUUGUUCUGUUGGGUUUUCCAGACCCGGUGGGGCCAAAGUCCGAUCUCUACAAGACCUUCUCCGGGCCAUCCAGCCUCUUAACGUUCGACUCUGCGCAGCUUCGUCACUCCGAAAUCCUCAAAAGGCCGGUGAGGGUGCAUCGUACACAGUCUUUCGAUACACCGAUGUUGGGACGAAUGAGGCAGUUGCCGUCAAACAAAUUAAACUAGCCCAGGAUGCUAGCAACCACGACGCCCACCAGGACCGAGUGGACUGUGUUUUGAAAGACAUUGAGGUCAUGUGUCACCCUCCCCUUGCCCAGCACGAGAACAUACUGACACUUCUGGGCUAUGGCUGGGGGUUGCGGCAAGGAGACACCAUACCGUUCAUCGUAACUGACUACGCUGCUUGUGGAACGCUGCGCGAUUACUUGCGGGGCGGAACAAUUCCCAUGAAAUCCAAACUGGCUCUUUGCAGUCAGGUCGCGUGUGGCUUGAACAGGUUACAUUGGGCUGGUGUCGCUCAUGGCGACUUGAAACUUGAGAACGUGCUGGUCUUCCCCAACCGCACAAUAGAGGGUGCGGGGACCUAUGAGACCGAUGUGACCGCGAAGCUGUCAGACUUCGGGCAUGCAUGCCUUUUCAGAAACGAGCAAGGAGAUGGUGCAGUUCAAAGCUAUCGGGGCACUUUUUGGUAUCUGGCUCCCGAGCUCCAUGAUGGUUCAAGUCUCAAAACAGUCGAGUUUCUGCGCUGCGACGUCUGGGCUCUCGGGCUUUUAUGCUUAGAGGUCGUCUGGGAUGGUAGUAAAUAUUUUCAUCUACCAGAAAUCACCUCCCUGAAGCCUAUGUCCUUACCUUUCCGAAGCAGCAGCAAAGUCAAUUGAUAAUCUCUCUUCUCGUCAGGAGUUUCGUCCAUUGCAAAAAACAAUAAUAAAAGGUAUCCUCAGGAUGACCCUGCAGGUGGACCCUUCCAAGAGACAACAUGAUCUCUCGAAACUUCCCUUUAUAUUUGGUGGAGGGCUCCAUCUAUC